AUGGCAGACGUGAGAGAAUAGAGAAUUUACUGUGCUGAAUAGAUUGUAGUACCUCCUGAAUUACCUGUGAUAUUGAAACAUUAUGCAAAGGAAGUUAUUAGAAACAAGCCAGGAGAUGUCGUAGACUUCUCUGCAAAAUAUUUUAGAUCAUUAUUAGAAAAAAGAGCCAAAGAACACGAAUUUUCUGAGAUAGUAAAACAAUGA